UGGUAACUUGUUGUGCGGAGCGGGCGGCGGCGGCGGCGGCGGCACCAUCCAGGCGGGCACCAUGGGCACGUCCGCGCGCUGGGCGCUCUGGCUGCUGCUCGCGCUGUGCUGGGCGCCCCGGGAGAGCGGCGCCACCGGAGCCGGAAGAAAAGCCAAAUGUGAAGCCUCGCAGUUCCAGUGCACAAAUGGCCGAUGUAUCACGCUGCUAUGGAAGUGUGAUGGGGAUGAAGACUGCGCUGAUGGCAGUGAUGAGAAGAACUGCGUGAAGAAGACGUGCGCCGAGUCUGACUUUGUAUGCAACAAUGGCCAGUGUGUUCCUAAUCGAUGGCAGUGUGACGGGGAUCCAGACUGUGAAGAUGGUUCUGAUGAAAGCCCAGAACAGUGCCAUAUGAGAACAUGCCGCACAAAUGAAAUCAGCUGUGGCGCCCGCUCCACUCAAUGUAUCCCUGUGUCCUGGCGGUGUGAUGGUGAAAAUGAUUGUGACAGUGGAGAAGAUGAAGAAAACUGUGGCAACAUAACGUGUAGCUCUGAUGAGUUCACCUGCUCCAGUGGCCGCUGCAUCUCCAGGAAUUUCAUGUGCAAUGGCCAGGAUGACUGCAGUGAUGGCAGCGACGAGCUGGACUGCGCCCCACCAACCUGCGGGCCCCACGAGUUCCAGUGCAGCACCUCCUCCUGCAUCCCCAUCAGCUGGGUGUGCGACGACGAUGCAGACUGCUCGGACCAGUCGGAUGAGUCCCUGGAGCAGUGUGGCCGCCAGCCAGUGAUCCACACCAGGUGCCCGGCCAGCGAGAUCCAAUGUGGCUCUGGCGAGUGCAUCCACAAGAAGUGGCGAUGCGACGGGGAUCCCGACUGCAAGGACGGCAGUGAUGAGGUCAACUGUCCUUCCCGAACCUGCCGACCUGACCAGUUUGAGUGUGAGGACGGCAGCUGCAUCCAUGGCAGCAGGCAAUGUAACGGCAUCCGAGACUGCGUGGACGGUUCUGAUGAAGUCAACUGCAAGAACGUCAACCAGUGCUUGGGUCCCGGGAAGUUCAAGUGCAGAAGUGGGGAAUGCAUUGAUAUCAGUAAAGUGUGCGACCAGAAGCAAGACUGCAGGGACUGGAGUGACGAGCCCCUGAAAGAAUGCCAUGUAAAUGAAUGCUUGGUUAAUAAUGGCGGAUGCUCCCAUAUCUGCAAAGACCUAGUUAUAGGCUAUGAGUGUGACUGUGCAGCUGGGUUUGAACUCAUAGAUAGGAAAACCUGUGGAGAUAUUGACGAAUGCCAAAAUCCAGGAAUCUGCAGUCAAAUUUGUAUCAACUUAAAAGGCGGUUACAAGUGUGAAUGUAGUCGUGGCUAUCAAAUGGAUCUUGCCACGGGCGUGUGCAAGGCAGUAGGCAAAGAGCCAAGUCUCAUCUUCACCAAUAGACGAGACAUCAGGAAGAUUGGCUUGGAGAGGAAAGAAUAUAUCCAACUAGUUGAACAGCUGAGAAACACUGUGGCUCUCGAUGCUGACAUUGCCGCUCAGAAACUAUUCUGGGCUGAUCUAAGCCAAAAGGCCAUCUUCAGUGCCUCAAUUGAUGACAAAGUUGGUAGACAUGUUAAAAUGAUCGACAAUGUCUAUAAUCCUGCAGCCAUUGCUGUUGAUUGGGUGUACAAGACCAUCUACUGGACUGACGCGGCUUCUAAGACUAUUUCAGUAGCUACCCUAGACGGAACCAAGAGGAAGUUCCUGUUUAACUCUGACUUGCGAGAGCCUGCCUCCAUAGCUGUGGACCCGUUGUCUGGCUUUGUUUACUGGUCAGACUGGGGUGAACCAGCUAAAAUUGAAAAAGCAGGAAUGAAUGGGUUUGACAGACGGGCGCUGGUGACAGCGGACAUCCAGUGGCCUAAUGGAAUUACACUUGACCUUAUAAAGGGCCGCCUCUAUUGGCUGGAUUCCAAAUUACACAUGUUAUCCAGUGUGGACUUGAAUGGCCAAGAUCGCAGGAUAGUCCUGAAGUCUCUGGAAUUCCUAGCUCAUCCCCUGGCACUCACAAUAUUUGAGGAUCGUGUCUACUGGAUAGAUGGGGAAAAUGAAGCAGUCUAUGGUGCCAAUAAAUUCACUGGCUUGGAGCUGGCCACUCUAGUUAACAACCUUAAUGAUGCCCAGGACAUCAUUGUCUAUCACGAACUUGUACAACCAUCAGGUAAAAACUGGUGUGAAGAAGAUGUGGAGAAUGGAGGAUGUGAAUACCUCUGCCUGCCAGCCCCACAGAUUAAUGACCACUCUCCAAAAUACACCUGUUCCUGUCCCAAUGGAUACAAUCUAGAGGACAAUGGCCGAGAGUGCCAAAGGAUCAAUGUGACCACAGCAGUAUCGGAGGUCAGUGUUCCCCCUAAAGGGACUUCUGCUGCCUGGGCCAUCCUUCCCCUCUUGCUCUUAGCAAUGGCAGCAGUAGGUGGCUACUUGAUGUGGCGGAAUUGGCAACAUAAGAACAUGAAAAGCAUGAACUUUGACAAUCCUGUGUACUUGAAGACCACUGAAGAGGACCUAUCAAUAGACAUUGGUAGACACAGUGCUUCUGUUGGACACACGUACCCAGCAAUAUCAGUUGUAAGCACAGACGAUGAUCUAGCCUGACUUCUGAGACAAGUCACAACCUUUGAGGUCUGAACCAGUGAAACCCCCUACUUCGGAAUGGUAACCAAGCCAGCAGCUGAAGCCUCUUUCUUCCUCCCAUCUGGAAGAACAUCAAGAUAUCUUUGCGUGGAUCAAGCUUGUAUACUUAAUCAUUUUUAUAUUACUUUUGUAAAUAUUCCCAUCCACAUUCUCCUUCAGUUUUGGAUGUGGUUACCAAAAGUAUCUGUAACCCUUGAAUUUCUAGACAGUAUUGCCACCUCUGGCCAAAUAUGCACUUUCCCUCGAAAGCCAUAUUCCAGCAACGAAACUUGUGCUAUAGUGUAUACCACCUGUACAUACAUUGUAUAGGCCAUCUGUAAAUAUCCCAGAGAACAAUCACUAUUCUUAAGCACUUUGAAAAUAUUUCUAUGUAAAUUAUUGUAAACUUUUUCAAUGGUUGGGACAAUGGCAAUAGGAUAAAACGGGUUACUAAGGUGAAAUUGCCAAAAAAAAAAUUUGUAAACUAAUUUUGUACGUAUGAAUGAAAUCUUUGACCUCAGUGGAGGUUUGCAAAGACUAAGUGUUCAAACUACUGUACAUUUUUUUUUCAAGUGCUAAAAAAAAAAUUAAACCAAGCAGCUUAACCAUGGUUUGUGCCUAUUCCUCUAGGAUGAACUUCCAUAAACAGCCUGAGUAGUAUCAGGUGUUCUAACUAAAUAUGUGAGCUCUAGAUCUUGAUAUUGUAUGAUGAAGCCUAUAAUAUGGCUUGUUUCUCUUACAACUAAGUACUUAAUAUUUGCCUCCCCAAAUAUUUCUUAUUUGGUAAAAGAAGCUAGGUUAGCCAGUAUGUACAACCCUUUGAGGAAAUUUCCUACUCCAAUUAGUUUCCUGAUCCAGUAACAUAUGCUAAAGAUUUCUAUUAAUUCUCCUUUCUGUACUUGUCUCAGAUUUCUAUGUCCUAAAAUUAUGUAUCAUUCAAGGAAAAGUGCCUUCCAAUGCAUGGGUAAGGACUUUCUUCUUUUACACAUCUAGACCAUCGACCCUGAAGACAGCUAGGGAGGUAACAGGUAGUGCCAUUCUUGAACAGUCUCAAGCAGUGGUUCUCAGUGGGGUUAAGGUUCGCAUCUAGGAACUUGUUAAACACGCACAUUCUUAGGCCCUACUCUGGACCUGCUCAAUCAAAAGCUCUGAGAGAAAGGUCCAUGAAUAUGUGUUUUCAUAAACCCUUCAGGUGAUUCUGAUGUAAACUAAUAUUUGAAAACCACUAUUUUUAAAGUGACUUCAUGGAGAAUCUAUAAGGUGAUCUAAUCUGUCAGGCUUGCUGGCAUAGAAUGAAUUCAUCCUAUGGACAAUUUUCAAAAUAUUGAAUAUGAAGAGUAGAAAAGGACACUAGGUAGAAGAAAAAGUAGCAGACAACUGGUGUAAGAUUUCCAUCAGAUGGGCCAUUUCUUUCUCUUAAACCUCAGGAAGCCAACAAGCAAGGGAAGAAAUAAAGCUUUAACCCUGGGAAGAUGCUCCAAGUCCAAAGCAAGGUGACAGUCCACUGCAGAAGGAGCAGCAGUCUUUGCAGAUUGAUCAGUGCAGUAGCCAAAGGAUGAAGAGAAGAUAUUUUUGAAUAGCUAAAUGGAUCAGUGGAUGAGUCAGAGUCCACUUGCAUAUGGAAUGUAAAUAAGACAGUUGUCAUUUGGCUUGUGGCUUAGGUAAAGAGACCAAUACUCUUAGAUGAAGAAGGUGCUUCUGUCAUCUUGUUUAAUAGAUACCCUCUUGUGAUGCCAGGCAAAUAGAUGAGAGUGAAUUCUGGUGUGGACCUUUUUUUGUGGGGGUGUGGAGGUCAAGCAUACAGAGGAGAAGGAUGAAGUUGUAAAGGUAGGAGUCUCUGCCUGCCAUCUGUUACUUCAUCUGCAAGUAGUCAUUACACUAAACAGGAUGCGGCCUGCUCCUGUGAGGUGUCUGAAGCGUCUGUUCUAUAAGUAGGUGAGCAUUCGUCCUAUGUAAACUCUAAAGGCCAUUUGGUUGACUGGGACUUUAACCUUGUUCUUGUAUAAAACCCAUUGAUAGGUUUAUUCAUUUAGAGCAAAACAGAAUUCCUUCCUUGGAAGCUUAAAGACAGCAAUGUUUCCCCCCAUUACAAGGAUUAUACAGUAUUCAGUUCAGUUCAGUUCAGUCGCUCAGUUGUGUCUGACUCUUUGUGACCCCAUCAAUCACAGCACUCCAGGCCUCCCUGUCCAUCACCACUCUUGGAGCCUACCCAAACUCAUGUCCAUUGAGUCAGUGAUGCCAUCCAGCCAUCUCAUCCUCUGUUGUCCCCUUCUCCUCCUGCCCCCAAUCCCUCUCAGUAUACAGUAUUUGUCCACUAUAAAGCCCAAAGUCAUAGAUUUUAAGAAUAAACCCAAGCAGAUCCUCUAUCAUCUCCUGGAUUCCAGUCCCUGGUAGCACUUCCAGGUUUUACAUCCCAAUUUCCAACCUUCAAAGAGUCUAUAGCAUUUCAUUCUUUCACCUUGUCCUUUAUAGAAGUAGCCAAGGACAGAAACUCUACCUUAAGAGGUACAAACUCACUUGAAGAAAUGUGGUAACUAGAUAUUUCUAUGGAAAUUAGAACAGUUACAUGGCUAAUCAAUUCAGCAUGAAGUAAUAGUUCAUGGGAGACUAGAGUCUUGUGCAUCGGGAGCCACACAAGAACUUUUAAGACUCCAAUGUAAAACCUAUUGGCAUAAAUUUGCUAUGUCUCUAGAGUUUAAUGUGGGAAAUGAGAAUUAAUUAAGAGGUAAAGUAUGAAGCUUAGCAGACACUAAAGAAGGAUGUUUGAAGUUAAAUGAGCCUGUCAUGCAAGUCACAGAAAGGAAGCCCUCUAGAGACUUUACCAACUGCUAUGAAGACUGAUGAUAAACAUACCUGUGGCCUCUGGUAAAGAAAUUCAGUCAAGGUUUUGAUUCCAAAUUUUUAAAUGGCCUUUGCAAGCUAUCCGUUUGGUAAGAAAUAUCCCUAGUUGUUCAAUCAGCUCUUAAAACAUUCUUAUAGCUAUUUUAAAGUCUUGGUAUCAUUUCUAAGCCUCUGGUGUUCUAUUCUUGAUGAACACAAGGCAAAAAACUGGAGACUUCAACUUUGACACUUGCUUCUGUUCCUUAUAUCUUUGGAAAUCUGAUAACCUUUCUAAAAAAAUGAGAAGACAGGCUUUAAAUAGCAAAGAUAUAGGGAACUGACUCUUCAGUUAACACUUAGAAAACAGAAGACCUAAAUUGAAGACUACCUUUUAGCUAUCUAUGCCGAAGCAGAAGAUUCUGAGGCGGGUAUGCGCCUGUGUCAUGCAGUCUACCUGGAGUAAUUUCCUAGAAUUCUUACCUUGGGAAGCAGUUUAUUAUUUUGAACCCAAUAGAAGUUGGAAUUCUUGCUUUUAAUGGUGGGGCAGCUCUUAAAACACAUCUGUACUUUUGCUAUAACAAUUUCUAUCCAAGAAUGAGGAAUACAACCUGUUAGUCUUUAUCACUCAUAUGGGGCCCUCAGUUUAAAUGGACCUAAAUUGUGGAAGUUCAGGAAAACAUAAAAGUUGAUCUUCACAACAACCUGAAUAGAUAAGUAUUAUCUCCAUUUUGUAGAUAUGAAAACUGAGGUGGCAAAUAAUGGGUGACUCCAAACCCUGUGUGCUUACUGGCACUCCUCUCAGACAAAGAGGGAGUGCUGUGUGAAGGUUAAAUUGAAUGUCACAUCGUGUGUUUGCUGAGUUUCCUUUACUAAUGACCUUGGAUGCUUCCGUGGUUUCUCAGACACCCACAGUGACUGACUUCCAAUAUGGCAGCACAAGGAGGGUAUGACACUAGCACCUCCAUGUCAGGUCGGCACAGAAUAAAUGUUUGUUCAGUGCCAGGCCUACAAGAUGCUAAAAGUUCCAGAAUUAGUUUCCUUGGCCAUGGGAAGUAGAGUAGAUCACUGGAUUACAAGGUGAAAGAUGAAGAGUCCCCAAAGGAAUUUAUAAACAUGCUACAUCAUUUCUGUGUAUGAAGACAUUGGGGAAAACAAACUGUAACACAAUAUAUCUUAAAUAUUGAGGUUCUCAUAAGGAGAUACCUGCCCAAGAAGACAGAAAGAACUCUGACUCGAGUCCAUGGAUUGAUGAUGCAAUACUAACCCUGGGUCUUAGGUAUUCUGGAAUCUACCCAUGAGACCUGAGCAUUGCUCAUAUUUCACACAUGCACAGAGGGGAAAGAAUUCUUCAAAUGAAAUGACUGGCUUUGACAAAACUCUCUUGUUUUUAAAAAUGUCACUUGAUACCAAAAUAUGACUUAAGAGUAUGUAAGGCCUCAGGAGUCCAGAGCAUACAACCAGUUAUCAUGCUCAGGAUCUUUAGAAUUCUAGAGGCACAUGUUGGAACACAUCCCAUCCUGCUGACCUGUAGAUAAAUAUUUCUUUUAUUAAUAAACUACAUGUAACUUAAAUAAAGUUUAUUUUUGAGAGAA